AUGCCACCCUCGUCGUUGCAGCUCCGUCCUCCUUCGGCCUGCCGCCAUGUCCGCCAUGUACUUUUCUCCACCCCUCGGACGGCCAGGCCUUGUCGCUUCCUCGCCACCAAACCUGUCAAUCAAGGCACAACAUCCACGCUGAGUCAAGCCGUGGCAGCGCUCUACCAUCCGGAGCCAGUCUUUCCACCUCUUGUAUUGGCGGAAAAGUCAUCCCCCGAGAGUAUGCAACAAUUUGCGCCACCAGAUUUAGAAGUUGUCGAGCCCCCACAACCCAAGGAUGGAAAACCUGUCGGCACUCCUGAUCGGUUUCAAUACUACCUGCGUCUUGGGAAAUCAGUGGGCAAGUUCUAUUGGGCUGGGCUGAAAAAGAUCUUCUCCAAUUUCAAGGAGUAUCAACGGUUCAAAACCCAUCUAUCCUCCUUUCAGGGCCAAACUGCCACCCCUAGCUUUGGUGCUGUCGUUGCUCACAGUGUGCUCUAUCAAUCCCCAACUACCAUCACUCGCCGUCAAUUUCAACUUUUGUACCGGGGCCCCAGCGACUUUUAUAAAUUGAUUCCCUUCAGCCUUGUCUUCGUUGUCUGUGGAGAAUUCACUCCAUUAGUUCUUCCAUUUCUGCCAACAGCCAUCCUCCCAGGAACCUGUCGCCGUCAACAGGAUAGAUUGGCUGUGAACAGAAAGUACACCAAACGCCUUCGUUUCGCUCGAGAUCAGAUGAGAUUAUUCCCGCCAGCCCCGCCUCAAGUUGCAGCCUCAAACCCGUCGGAUCCACGUUUGUUAAGGCACUCAGCUGCGCAGGAAGUCCUCUGGGGUUAUGCCGUUCGCUCAUCUCCAUUCUCCUUCUUGAUUCCUUACUUUCCAAAGAGGUGGAUCCCUGCUCUCGAUAGGUCAAGGCUUUUCCGUCCAUAUAACGACGCUCGCCAUUUCCGUAUUGUCCUCGACACGAUCUUGAUCAUGAGGGAGGGUGGCUUUGGGAAGCUCAGUGCAGAUGAGAUUGUCGAUUACUGUCUCUUCGUUGGACAUGGACCCUUUUUCAAAUUUGCUGAGUUACCUCCCACGGAGGCUAUGCGCACACAAAUGGCUGCUAGCCUUGACGCAUAUGCCACUCGGCUUUUAGACCAUGAUUUCACCAGACUGGAUCCCUCGCAACUCUUUCUCUUGGACUUUAUCGCUAGGUCGGCGGAUCCUUGA